AUGCCAGAGGUCAUUGACCUAAUCGACUCCUCGCCGCCACCGCAGCCUUCACAUCUUCAACCUCCCCCUUCAACGCAAGCGCGUCAUUCAUCCAUACGAUUCUCCUCUCCAUUCCACCCGGCUGUGGCAGCAGCUACGACAACGAAAAUCCCAGCUAGUUCACCGAAUUAUCUAUCCUCUGAUUUCGACUCAUCUCUAUUUACUUUUGAGACUCCCGGACGUUCGGCGAAGAAGCGGAAGUUGACUCCGCAGCGUGAACGAUCAGUAGGGGCAACAUUACCGCCGCCAACAUUACCACUGGCAGAAACUCAACCACGGAUUUUCACCAAGUCGUCGGCGCAGACUGUCAUUCAUAGUGAUUACUCGCUUUUUACAUUUUCGGACGAAAUUGAACCGCCGACUUUGCCUACGGUAAGUAGAGCCGAUGCGGAUACCUCUACUUCUACAACGGACAAGAGUACGUUCAGUACUACUGCUGCAUACGCGGGUCUUUCAACUACAAAAACGAAAACGUACAAAUGGGAUGGAGAACAAUCAGAUCCGAUUGUCUUCACGUCGUCUGCGCCGGAGCCCACGGCGGCAAAGGGAAGACAGCAAUCCAGACUAAAUAAUCCAUCGGUUAUCACUAUAGAUGAUGAUUUUGAUGGCAUUCAAGACUGGAGCGACCCAUUCAAGGGAUCGCCGGAAGACCCGUUGGAUAAACUUUUGGACGAACCGCGGCCAUCGUUGAAACCGGCUUAUUCUGGUCGUACCGCGGCUUUGUUGGCCAGUCUUCACACGGACGAUAGUACAGAAAAAAAUACAACUACCGCCUCGAGGCCGAAGAAGUCUAUGGACUACAAAAAUUUAGAAUCCGAUUUCGGUGAAGAAUCACUCUCAGAUGUGCCCACGCGGCCUACAGAGACCUCAAAAACGAAGAGGAAGCCCAAGGUCGAUCCAGAGGAGAAAGCGGCCAAGGCACGGGAGCGAGAGGCAACCAGAGAAAAGCGUAAGCAAGAAAAAGUGGCCGAGAAAGAACGAAAGCGGUUAGAGAAAGAGGUGAAAGCGAAAGAGAAGCAGCUGGCUGCAGAUAUUGCUGAGGUGAAUAAAUCAAAGACUCACAAAAAGGAGUCUAUGCCAGAAAUGAUUGUCGAUAUGGCAAGUACUUUUGAAGGAACCAGCGUUGGAAACCAAGUGGUAGAAUAUUUGAAGGCUUUAGGCGCUGAGCACACUUUUUUUGACAGCUUGAUGCCUAACAUUGUUAAGUGGCGUCGGAAAAAGAAAUCUGAAUAUAACGAGGAUGCAGCACGAUGGGAGCCGUGUCAGCCUUAUAUUGCGACUGAGGACCAUGUGCUGUGUAUGCUUCCUGCGCAGGAUUUUGUCGACAUGGUCAUUUGUGAGGAUGAUACGCAGACACUUGACGGCCAUGUACAACGGCUAAAAAAUUCAUACCGAAACUGCAAACCGAUAUACCUGAUUGACGGUCUUAUGAACUGGAUGCGCAGGAAUCAAAAUUCCCGCAACAGAGCAUACCAAGCGGAAGUUCUCGCCCAGGUCAACGCUGUCAAUGAUUCGAUCGAGGAUACUAGCACUCAAAGCAGGCGCAAGCGAGCAACUAAAAAAUCCAAAAAGCCCGAGGACACACCUCCCGUAGCCGAUGACACAAUCGAAGACGCUCUCCUCGAGCUACAGGUCACCCACAAUUGUCUAAUCUACCACACAAACGCCGCCAGCGAAACAGCCGAAUGGAUCAAAAACUUCAGCGAACACAUCUCUACAAUUCCCUACCGACACGUACAAAUGGGCAACUACGACGGCGCCGCAUUCUGCAUGGAAAAUGGACAAGUGAAAACAGGCGAAGAUAAAGUAGACACUUUCGUCAAAAUGCUCCAGGAAAUCAACCGCGUCACUGCACCCAUGGCGUAUGGGAUAACAUCUCAGUAUCCGAGUGCAGUUGACCUGCUACAUGCAAUGAGGAAACAUGGUCCGACGUUGUUGGAAAAUGUGAGAAAGUCGGCUAAUAAGAAUGGAGCACUGACGGAUUCCAGGAUAGGGCCGGCGGUGAGUAAGAGGUUGUACAAGGUUUUUAUGGGGCUGGAUGAGACUUCUGCCGAUAUUUGA